AUGGAAUAUCGAGGCGUCCUCAUCUCGGUCGACGGUUACAUGAAUGUCCAGAUGGCUAACGCCGAGGAAUACAUUGAUGGAACAAACACAGGAGCUUUGGGAGAAAUUUUAAUAAGGUGCAACAACAUCCUCUACAUCGGAGGCGCCGAAGACUCGGAAGGCGCAUACAUCCCACCAGCGAAGCUGAAGUUGAUGCAAGAACAAAUCCAGGAUAAAUCGGGUGAGCAAUUUCAACGAUUGAUUUGGGAGCGUCUGAAGAAAAAGAUCCACGGUCUCAUCAACAAAGUCAACGCCAGCAAUUGUGCGAGAGCUUCCUCAAGAAAACAUUAUCCGUGGAAAGGGUUUGCUGACUCGAUCGAUAAUUCAAGCACAAGCCUUUUCUCCAACAUUUUCACAUGCUCGCUGGUUUUGUUGGAGCGUUUGAUUGUGCAGUUCAAGCGAUCUUUUCGUCGAAACGACAAAGCAACAACGGUGACUGUCAGUAAAUUUCUCGCACAUUUGAUCAAUCAACAAGUGGCUCACGAGUUGCUUGCUCUUGAGAUUAUGCUUUUGAUGCUAAUCAUUGGUGAUGCCGGUGAAAGUGAAGAGGAAUUAGAGGAAGAGGACGAGGAUGAAGAAGGUGGCAAUGAGGCAGCAGCAAACGAAGCAGCUCACGAACUUCUCAAAAUGGGUGUCAAGCCAGAAUUGGAGCCGGAACUCAUUCACAUGCUCGUUGAUUGUUGUGCACAGCAACCGGUAAAUGUAACUGGUCUUCAAUACUUGGCUCAU